UUGAACCCUAAUUCUCUCCUCGUCGAUAUCCCAAUGCUGGGUUUUAGCAGAAGCGUUGUCACGGCCAACUCGUCCUACAAGUCCGAAAACUCUUUCGAUGAAAGGCUGGCAGAAGCUGGUCGCAUCAGAGAGCAGCAUCCAGAUAGAAUACCGGUGAUUGUUGAAAAGGCUGCAAAGACUGAUGUGCCUGAUAUUGAGAAGAAAAAAUACCUGGUGCCUGUUGAUCUUACAGUUGGGCAGUUUGUGUGGGUGCUCCGGAAAAAAGUGAAGCUUGAUCCCGACAAAGCAAUUUUCAUUUUCGUUAAUAAUAUUUUGCCACCCACAGCUGCUUUGUUGUCUGCAAUUUAUGAGGAAAAUAAGGAAGAAGAUGGUUUUCUUUAUAUGACAUACAGUGGCGAGAGCACGUUUGGAACGUGCUGAAUUAUGCUGAAUGGUGAUAUAGAAAUUACUUGAAGAGUUGUAAUUAAUUUUACUUCUAUAUUCUGCGCUGAUGCAUUUGCUGAGACAGAAGUCUUUAGUUUCGAGUUAAUGACCCUUUAUUUUCUAUGAAGAAACGUGUUUCCUCAGAUUGAUUAUGUGUUAUCUUUUUUCUAUCUUUUCUUCCUGUUA